AUGGAGACCCCCGUCAACACGUUCAUUUAUCUCUCAGGCUUGCUGGAGAACAUAUAUAAACCAGCAUCUACGUUCAGCUGCGCGCAGCUCAAAGGCAAUGCAAUGCCCUGCGGCAAUAAGGUCAAAGGUAGCCUCGACCUUGUCAAAGAAACCUUUGCGCAACUAUUUGCUAUCAUCAACGACCCUAUUCGUGUAUUCCAUGACAAAGAUGGUGCAUUCGAUACCGUCCUCGCGCAAUUCAUCCAGAGCUGCCUAUGUCCAAGUCGACACCAACCAAAUGCCGACCACGCCAUGAGCCAGUGGAAAAAGGAGCUUUACAAUCGCGAAAUUAGAUGCCGGUUGCGUUCAGAACUAGAAGAAUAUCUUUCCAAACGCUUGGAAGAGUCGAUCAGUUCCACCCCACUAUCCUCAACAAGGUUCACGCUCCGCGUGUCCAAAACACCAGCGAGAUCCGACGAGGACGUGGCAUGCAGAGUGGUAAAAAAAGCACGCGAACCCCUCUCGGAACGGGACAAAGACCCUGGCCGUCUCUAUCUUAUCUCUCUUCCGGGACUAGCAGACAUGUUCAAAUUGGGAUAUACAGCGGGCGCCAAGGCGCGAUUUUCUGACCACAAGCGGUGCUAUGGACAUAUCACAAUCGUGAAAAACGCAUUUCUACCCUAUGCUCGUCGAAUCGAGCAACUUAUCCUCGCCGAAUGUUCCCGGCAGCACUACAUGCUCACUGAGAAGUGCGAAACUUGCCAUCGUGCCCACAAGGAAUGGCUCCAAAUCGGCAAAGACGACAUGGUGAACAUUUUUGACAAAUGGGUUGCAUUUGCCCGCGGAGAGAAUGAAUAUGCCACUAGGCAGAAUGAGCCUUACGACAAAAACGGCAAUUUCAUUUCGAAAGAUGUGGUGCUACCACCUCCUGCUGGGGAUUAUAAAUUUUCACCUUCACCUUCAUCGAAAAAGAGUUCUCGUCGAUCAAAUGGGGGCUCGUCACAAGAUUCACCUUCUAAACUUGGCCAUGCUAGGUCUGAUAGCAGUGUCCUUGUUGAAGGGAUUAGCAGACUGAGCCUCGGCGACAGCCAGUCACUGCCUGAUGAGAGUGACGAAGACAGCGACUCACACCCCAUCUCAUUCCUUCCCGCCAGACUAGCUGCUGCUCGUAUGAAGUAA